CCACCCUGACUCCAUCCCGAUCGGGCCUAGCGCCGUGACCGGCCCAUUCUUACGGUACGCCGGGCUCACCGCUUUGAACUGCCAGGCGCCGCGGCUGCAGGAAUAGAGCGGUGAGGCCGGAGGGUUUACGCUUUUGAGAAGGUCGUCGGAAUGUCUGUUCGAUUCCUACACGUCCAGCCGCCCGACUUUUGGUCGCCCAAGGUUGGUUCGACUCGAACCCUGCUUGCAGCAGCGCAGCAGCAGCAGCAGCAGCCAGCCAGCCAGCAGCCAGCCUGGGAGGAUUUAGUUCUCGAUCCACUUUCCGAGCCAUGCAGCGGUCCGACCCCGUCAGCGCCUCAGUUGUCCUGGCCUGGAUGGAAUCAUGGAAAGAAGAAACAGGACCUCGGGGGCGAUUUAUCUGCUUUCCUGGUUAUGAAGCAUUGUUCGAAUUGCUCUGAAUCCAGGUUUUCAGGGCGUCCGUUCAUCCAAGCAAGACUAAUAAUCUAGAGCCACCUGCGUACGGACCAUGCAGUGGCUUUCUAGCUGGCGCACGGGGUCAAGGGAGGGGAGGGGGGGAGGGGGGGGGGCAAUAGUGCAAAAUCUCCCGUACAUACCGAUCCAUCCAUCCCAU